AUGAGUUCUCCUCUCAGAAGCAGCUUCAGCUCCGCCAACAGAGGGCCGCCUGAGCGAUCGAGUCGCAAGCGUGGCCGUCCGAACGGUGAUGAUGGUACCUCAUCGAUUGCGCCUGGCUCGAGCCCAAUGCCCUCGUCUCCUCCCGCACCCUUCAUGGCUCAUGGCGGUGACGAUGACGAGGACAUCGAGGAUGAAGCUGAGAUCCAGGAUGACCUUGAUGACAUCGAUGAAAUGGCCGAAGACGACGUAGACCUUUUCCGAGAGGGAUUUGAACAAGACUACAGAGCCAAAGAAGAUGAUGGCUACGAUGGUAUCGACAUCGACGACGAAGGCGAUUUUGGCGAUAUGGACUUGGGUGCAAGGAGAAGACUCGAAGCACAGCUCAACCGCAGAGACAGAGAAGUUGCCCGCCGCCAACGGAUUCCCGCUGCUUUCCUUCCCGGGGAGGACGAUGAAGGCGAUAUUGAUCUCUCGGCUCAGCCUCGCCGUCGCCGUCACCACUACGAUGAAGAUCCGGAUGAGGACAUGGAUGCGGACAUUCUGGACGAAGAGCUCUCACUCGAGGCUCUGCAAGACGUCAAGUCAGCCAGCUUAACUGAGUGGGUUUCUCAACCCUUUGUUCAACGGACCAUCAAGAGAGAAUUCAAGGCUUUCUUGACCGAAUACACCGACGAGCACGGCUCUUCCGUCUACGGAAACCGCAUUCGCACCCUUGGUGAGGUUAACGCUGAGUCUCUCGAGGUUUCCUACGACCACCUCUCUACAUCAAAGGCUAUCCUCGCCUACUUCUUGGCCAAUGCGCCAGCAGAAAUCCUAAAGCUUUUCGACGAAGUUGCCAUGGACGUCGUGCUUCUGCAUUACCCCGACUAUGAGCGCAUCCACUCGGAAAUCCACGUCCGCAUCUUUGACCUGCCCGUUCACUACACUCUACGACAGCUUCGACAGUCACACCUUAACUGCUUGGUAAGAGUUAGUGGUGUGGUGACCAAGAGAACGGGCGUCUUCCCGCAGCUGAAGUACGUGAAGUUUGAUUGUACCAAGUGCGGUAUUACCCUUGGGCCGUUCCAACAAGAAUCAAACGUUGAGGUCAAAAUCACGUACUGCCAAGCAUGCCAAUCCCGCGGUCCCUUUACACUUAACUCGGAAAAGACAGUCUAUCGCAACUAUCAAAAGCUCACUCUUCAAGAGUCUCCUGGCACCGUUCCGGCCGGUCGUUUGCCUAGACACAGAGAAGUAAUUCUCCUCUGGGAUCUCAUCGAUAAAGCGAAGCCCGGCGAAGAGAUUGAAGUCACUGGAAUCUACCGGAACAACUAUGAUGCUCAGUUGAACAACCGAAAUGGCUUCCCUGUCUUUGCUACGAUCCUGGAGGCGAACAACGUCGUCAAGGCACACGACCAGCUGGCAGGAUUCCGCAUGACGGAAGAAGAUGAGCAGGAGAUCCGCAAGCUUUCUCGCGACCCUGCCAUCGUCGACAAGCUUAUCAACUCUAUUGCCCCUAGCAUUUACGGGCAUACAGACAUCAAAACAGCUGUGGCUUUGUCCCUGUUUGGCGGUGUUGCCAAGGUCGGAAAGGGUGCUCACCAGGUCCGUGGCGACAUCAACGUCCUACUUUUGGGUGAUCCUGGUACUGCCAAGUCUCAGGUUCUCAAAUAUGUCGAAAAGACGGCCCAUCGAGCAGUUUUCGCGACCGGCCAGGGAGCCAGUGCCGUCGGUUUGACGGCCAGCGUCCGGCGAGACCCCCUGACCGCCGAAUGGACUUUGGAGGGUGGUGCUCUGGUGCUGGCUGACAAGGGUACUUGUUUGAUUGACGAGUUCGACAAGAUGAACGAUCAAGAUCGUACGUCAAUUCACGAAGCCAUGGAACAGCAAACCAUUUCCAUCUCCAAGGCCGGCAUUGUCACAACUCUCCAGGCUCGCUGCGGCAUCAUUGCUGCGGCGAACCCUAUUGGUGGGCGUUACAAUUCGACCAUUCCCUUCUCGGCAAACGUUGAGCUUACUGAGCCUAUCCUGUCUCGUUUUGAUAUAUUGUGUGUCGUUCGUGAUACGGUGGAACCAUCAGAGGAUGAACGCCUUGCGCGGUUCAUUGUCGGCUCGCAUAGCCGUAGUCACCCCUCAUCCUCACAGCCAGCAGAGGAUUCGAUGGAUGUGGAGCCCGAUUCGGAAAAGCAGGACACGCCAGCCGAGUCUCAGAAGAAGGAGGGCGAGAUCCCCCAGGAGCUCCUUCGCAAGUACAUCCUCUACGCACGUGAGCGUGUUAGCCCGAAGUUGUACCACAUGGACGAGGACAAGGUUGCGCGUCUAUUUGCCGAUAUGAGAAGAGAAUCUCUUGCCACUGGCGCAUACCCCAUUACGGUGCGACAUCUUGAAGCCAUCAUCCGCAUCAGCGAAGCGUUCUGCAGGAUGAGACUCUCAGAGUACUGCUCAGCUCAAGACAUUGACAGGGCGAUUGCUGUCACGGUAGAGAGCUUCGUUGGAAGCCAGAAGAUUAGCUGCAAGAAGGCACUGGCGCGGGCAUUCGCCAAGUACACUUUAGCAAGACCUGGUGGAAAUUCACAAAGGAGGGCAGGAACCAGCCAGGGAUCGAGACAAGCUGGCUCGGUAAGAGCAUGA